UUUUCUUUGUGUUCCCCGAGUUGGGCCAUGCCGUAGAUGGCGCUGGCUCUCUUUUAAUAAAAACGACAAUGCGGAUCAAGAUAGGCUCCCAAGUUUCCAAUGCUAGAAUCCAGGCCGUUUAGGAGGUGGAAGUGUUACUUUUUCUCCCUUCACAACCUCUGCUAAUUUGAUUCUAGCGAGCAUGCCGAAAAUUCUGCGGAACCCGACGAGUGACACUUAGCAUCCCCAACGAGAGCGAAUUAAGUCACAACCGUAACACCGUUUCCUCAAAAUGGUAACAUCUGAACUCUCUACUCACCACAACUCUCCCAUGGCUAAGUCCUCUUCAAGAAACAAAAACUCCUCUCUGUGCCUCUCCGAUGGAUGCCUCUUCCUUGCAGGGGCAUUCUCCGCUCUUCUUCUCGUUUGGGGUUUCUCCUCCUUCACCACCCCCAUCCCCAACGACACCCCCAAUUUCGACACCCUCUCUCUCAACGUUCCCCCAAACGACGCCGCUUUGUACCUCUCUCCCGAUUUCCGGUUCGACCCUCCCCAAGUCACCUUCUACGACGACCCCGAAAUGGGGUACACCAUGGACGACAAGGUCCGCAACUGGGACGAGAAGCGCGAGGAAUGGCUGAAACACCACCCUUCGUUCGCCGCAGGAGCAACAGAACGGGUGCUGAUGGUGACGGGAUCGCAGCCGUCGCCGUGCCGGAACCCCAUCGGCGACCACCUUCUCCUUAGAUUCUUCAAGAACAAAGUGGACUACUGUCGGCUCCACGGGUACGAUAUCUUUUACAACAACGCCCUCUUGCAGCCCAAGAUGUUCGCGUAUUGGGCCAAGUAUCCAGUGGUUAGGGCCGCCAUGAUGGCCCACCCGGAGGCCGAGUGGAUCUGGUGGGUGGACUCGGACGCGUUGUUCACCGACAUGGAGUUCAAGCUCCCCCUGGAGCGUUACAAGGAUCACAACCUGGUGGUUCACGGUUGGGCCCACCUCAUACACGAGAAGCGAAGCUGGACGGGCCUCAACGCCGGCGUGUUCUUAAUCCGAAACUGUCAGUGGUCGUUGGACUUCAUGGAUGUGUGGGCCAGCAUGGGCCCACAGACCCCAAACUACGAGAAAUGGGGGGAAAGGCUACGGUCAACUUUCAAGGACAAGUUCUUCCCGGAGUCAGACGAUCAGACGGGCCUGGCUUAUCUGAUCGCAAUGGAGAAGGAGAAAUGGGCGGACAGGAUUUAUUUGGAGAGCGAGUACUACUUCGAAGGGUAUUGGGAGGAGAUCGUUGGAACAUUCGAGAACAUUAGCGAGAGGUACAAUGAGGUUGAGAGAGCGGUGCGUGGGUUAAGGAGGCGUCACGCGGAGAAGGUGAGUGAGAGUUAUGGGGAAAGGAGGGAAGAGUAUGUGAAAGAUGCUGGGUUUGGUAAAGGUAGUUGGCGAAGACCCUUUGUCACGCACUUCACUGGCUGUCAACCCUGCAGUGGCAAAUAUAAUGCCAUGUACUCUGCCGACGAUUGUUGGAACGGCAUGCGUAGGGCUCUCAAUUUCGCCGACAAUCAGGUUCUUCGCAAAUAUGGUUUCCUGCACCCGGAUCUACACCAUGACUCUGUCUCGCCUCUACCUUUUGAUUAUCCCCAUGACCAAGUGUGAAGGACCCGCUGAGUUUGGAAAACGUUACCGCGGCCCAUUAUUUAAGAUGGAUAGAUGAAGCACGUGCAUGAGGCCAAAACUUUCGUCGACCUGUAUUAUCAUCUGGGGUUGUGGCGCACACAUUAUGAUACUAUACCAUAUCAAUACUUACUGUCACAGAUCCACCAAUGAGACUUACCUCGCGCAGU